AGUACUUUUUCCUUUACAACGGCCCCAAAGCGGAAACAGACCCUCUCGAGGACUGGCACUGAAAGAGCCACCCUAUUCGUGGGACUACGUGCACAUGCGCACAGGAGGCCAGCAAAACCUUUAAAUAGCGUCCGGCGGGCGCAUGCAGCCUCUUUCCCUGCCGCCGCCCAGUCGCGCGGAGGCGGAGGCGCGGGUGUGUUUAAGAUUCGGUUUCACCCGUAACCCGCCGCCAUGGCCGAGGAAGGCAUUGCUGCUGGAGGUGUAAUGGACGUCAACACGGCUUUACAAGAGGUGCUGAAGACCGCCCUCAUCCACGACGGCCUAGCACGUGGAAUUCGCGAAGCUGCCAAAGCCUUAGACAAGCGCCAAGCCCAUCUUUGUGUGCUUGCAUCCAACUGUGAUGAGCCUAUGUAUGUAAAGUUAGUGGAGGCCCUUUGUGCUGAGCAUCAGAUCAACCUAAUUAAGGUUGAUGACAACAAGAAACUAGGGGAAUGGGUAGGCCUCUGUAAAAUUGACCGAGAGGGAAAACCCCGAAAAGUGGUUGGUUGCAGUUGUGUGGUGGUUAAGGCCAACAACAGUGGUUCCAAAGGGCCAUGUCUCCAGAAGCAGGGAGCUGCAGCAGAGAGCCCUGUGCACCUUCCGGAGGGGAGCGAUGCAGGUGAACCAAGGUGCAGCACCAAGGAGCUGGCUUUAAAGAACGGGAUCCAACUUGGGACCUUGCACUUGCAAGGCAGGCACCGGAAUUUUACUGAAAAUUCCAUAAGGCUAAAUACAGAGAACUUUCCUUCAGUCACAGAGUUCAAGGGAGCACCCACAGAUGGAUGGAAGUGGACAGAAGAGAUCCUGUCUUCUUUGGCCUUUCAAAAAACAACAAAACAGAACAAAACAAAGCAAAACAACUCCUGAAUGCAAGACCCUUUCCCAGAAAUACCCCGGACAACUUUUCAAAUUGGAACAUAUCACUCUGACAUUUGGAUAUAUUUUACAAAUGAUUGCAAUUACUAUGCUCAUUUAUGAAUGUUAGGGAAUAAGAACAGUAUAAAAAUUUCUAAUCAAAA